CAGGAUUUCUGCCUGGCGCAUUCUUGCACCAAUGAGAGAGACGUAUCCCUUGUGCUCGCUGCGGGCGGCUUGAGGAUUGCUGUGAGUCGAGGCUGUUUAUAGACACAACGCUUCGGGUUUCAUGUGCCGGACCGGUACUGCGUUUGAUUGCACAUGCAACCCUCUGCCACGGCCAGUCUCGAGGAAAAUAGCUAUAUAUCCUCCUCUUCCAACGGGGCAUAUCCCUCGUUUUCUUCCAAGCAUCCAGCAGUUUCUUUCCUAGUAUAGCCCGGGUUUGGCAAAGAGCAUCUCUUGAUCCAUCCUUCCACGGUUCUUGAUUGAUAUUCUUUUGGAAAUCCCCUGUGGCAUUAAGCUUGGCUCUGAUCCAAUCUUAUAUUUGAGCUUCAUCCCCUCAUACUUCUUUUGAUUUCAGCAUACAGUGUGUGCUGGUCUUUAUCUUGCCACCCUCUAUAUAGAACUUGUGUUUGUAUCAAGCAUCCGAAAUGCGUGCAAGCCUCUUCCUCCUGGGCUGCUUGACAGCCAGCUCGGUUGCAGCACCGACCCUCAUGGACGAUGUAUACGACUACUCGACGGACCUGGCCACCUUCCUCGGAAAAGUGAGCACAUAUAUCGAGGAUGCCGAGGAUCUGUUCACGAAUGCCAACUCGUGCGACACAUCCAAGAUCUCCCUCCCGUCCUAUGCGUCGAGCCUGCCAUCGCCAUCCGGCUUGGACCCGAUUUACGUUGCAGUGGGCCGCGGGACUCAGAACUACACCUGUGCGACCUCCACCUCAGACUCGACCCCCCAAGCCAUCGGUGCAGUGGCGCGUCUUUACAAUGCUACUUGCAUUGCGGCCAACUACCCGGACAUUUUGGAAUUGCUCCCGGGUAUCGUGUACAAGGAACAGUUGCCCAGUAACGAGGAGGAUCCUCUUCCUCCGGCCAACCUUCAGCUCUUGGGUCACCAUUUCUUCAGAGACACGACAACCCCGGUUUUCAACCUCGACACAACGCCCUCCCGACAGUACGGGAUUGCGAUCUCGAAGAAACAGUCCGCGCUGGAUGCCCCAUCGACUGCAAUUCAGGGCACAAAUGGUGCCGUUCAGUGGCUCUACCUGACCACCAUCGAUGGCACCGUCGGUGACUAUAAGGCGGUCUACCGGGUAGACACCGUUGCGGGCGCAGCCCCGAAGACCUGUCAGGGUAUGCAGUCGGUGUUCACCGUUCAGUAUUCGGCCAACUACUAUUUCUAUGGUGCGUGAUGGCGUCUGCGGGG